UUAUUGCGAUAUCGAUCCAUAAACAACCAAUUUGUGUCUGACGUUUUAAUUUCAUAGAUAAUAUGGGAAGGCGUUGUAGAAGAAAGAUCAGUGGCCGAAUCUGAUAUUUUAUUUAAUGACGGCACCUAAAGUGUUAAGCUGUAGUUGAAGCCGAUAUCUUAAUAUUUCUCUUAUAGUAUUGUCACAGUCUCGGUUCGUUAAUAUUGUUCCUGUAAGUUGAAAAAAAGGCAUAAAACUGGUGUUCGAUAAGUCUCUUGGCAAUAUGCCUGCCGUGAGGGGAGAUGGUAUGCGAGGGCUCGCAGUUUUUAUAUCUGAUAUAAGAAACUGUAAAAGCAAAGAAGCAGAAAUUAAAAGAAUUAAUAAAGAACUGGCCAACAUACGCAGUAAGUUCAAAGGCGACAAAACGCUCGAUGGCUACCAGAAAAAGAAGUAUGUCUGUAAACUUCUGUUUAUUUUCUUGUUGGGUCAUGAUAUUGAUUUCGGUCAUAUGGAAGCAGUUAACUUACUUUCAUCCAACAAGUAUUCAGAAAAGCAAAUAGGCUAUUUAUUCAUAUCAGUUCUGGUUAACACUAACAGUGAUCUUAUUAAACUUAUUAUUCAAAGUAUUAAAAACGAUUUGCAAUCUCGAAACCCUAUUCACGUAAACCUCGCUCUUCAGUGCAUUGCAAACAUUGGUAGUAAGGAUAUGGCUGAAGCUUUUGGAACUGAAAUACCUAAAUUGCUUGUUUCUGGAGAUACGAUGGACGUUGUGAAACAGUCUGCUGCACUUUGUUUGCUGAGGUUGUUCCGAAAAUCUCCUGAAAUCAUUCCUGGAGGAGAAUGGACUUCAAGAAUCAUACAUUUAUUGAAUGACCCACAUAUGGGUGUUGUAACUGCAGCUACUUCACUUAUUGAUGCUCUUGUAAAGAAAAAUCCAGAUGAAUAUAAAGGUUGUGUUACUCUAGCAGUAGCCAGAUUAAGCAGAAUAGUUACUGCAAGCUAUACAGACUUACAGGAUUACACAUAUUAUUUUGUUCCAGCUCCUUGGCUAUCAGUCAAGCUUUUGCGUUUGUUACAAAAUUAUACACCACCAUCUGAGGAACCAGGAGUACGAGGCCGCUUAUCUGAAUGUUUGGAAACAAUUUUUAAUAAAGCUCAAGAACCUCCAAAGUCUAAAAAAGUACAACAUUCAAAUGCUAAAAAUGCUGUACUUUUUGAAGCAAUAAGUCUUAUUAUUCAUAAUGAUAGUGAACCUAAUUUGCUUGUUCGAGCAUGCAACCAACUGGGGCAAUUUUUAAGUAAUAGAGAAACUAAUUUGAGAUAUUUGGCUCUUGAGUCUAUGUGCCAUCUUGCAACAUCGGAGUUUUCCCAUGAAGCUGUGAAAAAGCAUCAAGAAGUUGUAAUUCUUUCAAUGAAAAUGGAAAAAGAUGUUUCUGUUCGUCAACAAGCUGUUGACUUACUCUAUGCUAUGUGUGAUAAAACAAAUGCUGAAGAAAUUGUACAAGAAAUGUUAGCUUACUUAGAAACAGCUGAUUACUCUAUCAGAGAAGAAAUGGUCUUAAAGGUUGCUAUAUUAGCAGAAAAAUAUGCUACUGACUACACAUGGUAUGUAGAUGUUAUUUUAAAUCUUAUUAGAAUUGCUGGAGAUUAUGUUUCAGAAGAAGUAUGGUAUAGAGUUAUUCAGAUUGUAAUAAACAGAGAAGAAGUCCAAGGAUAUGCAGCUAAAACUGUCUUUGAAGCUUUACAAGCUCCAACUUGCCACGAAAAUAUGGUAAAAGUAGGAGGUUACAUCCUUGGUGAAUUUGGUAAUUUAAUUGCUGGUGAUACUAGAUCAUCUCCUCAAGUGCAGUUUGAACUUCUUCAUUCCAAGUAUCAUUUAUGUUCAGCAGCAACAAGAGCUCUUCUUUUGUCUACAUAUAUCAAACUUGUUAACUUGUUCCCGGAAAUAAAAAACAGAGUACAAGAAGUAUUCCGUGCAGAUUCAAAUUUGCGUUCUGCAGAUGUUGAGCUACAACAGAGGGCUUCAGAAUAUUUGCAAUUGAGUAUUGUGGCCAGUUCAGAUGUGUUAGCAACAGUGCUGGAAGAAAUGCCAGCAUUCCCAGAAAGGGAAUCAUCAAUAUUAGCAGUUCUGAAAAAGAAGAAACCUGGUCGCAUACCUGAUGAUGUGCGAGAAUCAAAGAGUCCACAACCUAAUAUAACUCCAGCCCCCGUGACUAAUAACACGGUAAAUAUAAACAGUUCAAGUGCUGAUUUACUAGGCUUAUCAACACCACCUGGAUCAAAUACAACAACUGGAAAUGGUUUGCUCGAUGUCCUUGGUGACUUAUAUACUACACCUAAAAUUAGCCCAACAACUGUGCAACAGAAUAAUAUCAAAAAGUUUUUGUUUAAAAAUAAUGGAGUACUUUUUGAAAAUGACCUUAUUCAAAUAGGAGUAAAAAGUGAAUUCAGACAAAACUUGGGGAGAAUUGGUCUAUUUUAUGGGAAUAAAACACAGUCUCCAAUUCAAAAUGUCCGACCUGAGAUGCACUGGAAUGAUCUACAUAAGCUUAAUGUGCAAAUGAAACCUAUGGAACCUAUUUUGGAAGCUGGUGCUCAAAUUCAACAAAUGUUGACAGCAGAAUGUAUUGAAGACUUUGCUGACACUCCUAGUAUGUCAGUUUCAUUUAUUUACAACAAUGUCCCUCAAAAAAUCUUUAUGAAACUUCCACUCACACUGAAUAAAUUUUUUGAACCAACCGAAAUGAAUGGAGAAUCUUUCUUUGCUAGAUGGAAAAAUUUGGGAGGCGAACAGCAAAGAGCUCAAAAAAUAUUUAAAGCACAGGGAUCUAUAGAUUUAACAGCAACGCGUACAAAAUUAUCUGGUUUUGGAAUGCAGCUGUUGGAUGGCAUAGAUCCUAACCCUGAUAAUUUUGUUUGUGCAGGAAUAGUACAUACUAGAAUGCAACAAGUAGGAUGUCUCAUGAGAUUGGAACCAAACAAACAAGCUCAAAUGUUUAGACUCACUGUAAGAUCAAGCAAAGAAACAGUAUCACAAGAAAUUUGCAAUCUCCUAGCAGACCAGUUCUAAUUAUCGUGUUUUGUUUGUUUGUGGUAGGUACUAAAUAAGCUUCAUAGUAACCACAGAUUGCUCUGUGUUUAUAAAAUGAUUUUUUCAACACUGACUGUUUAAGUGUGUAUAUUUUUUGUCCAUAAACAUUUUGUAAACUUUAAAUUGCUUAUAAAAGUUAUAUUUUAAUGUUAAUCAUUUUAUAAGGUUAUUAAAAGACAACAGUAAUAUAUUUUGUUAGGUUAUUUCUAUUGAAAUAUAUUCCAUAACUUUU